CACUUGGUGCUACACCUUGCUUCGCCCCCUUCCUUCCUUCCUUCCUUCCUUCCCUCCUUCCUUGGUCUCUAGGCAGCUAGCAGUGUGGUGCUGCUGCCGGCCGCCUAUUGGCCGCCUGGGACUGGGAUCCAUUAAUUACUGCGCGCGCGCGGCUAACCAACCAAUCCCAGCGUGCGUAAUCUAUUGCCCACAUGCCGACGCCGUCGCACCUCAACAAGAACCCGCGCUACCUGGACUUCCGGGCGGCGCGGCGGGUGCCGGAGUCGCACGCCUGGCCGGGCCUGCACGACCACCCCGUCGUGGACGGCGGCGCGCCGGGCCCCGACGCCGUGCCGGUGGUGGACCUGGGCGCCGCGGACCCGGCGCCGGCGCCGGCGGCGGCGGUGGCCCGCGCCGCCGAGCAAUGGGGCGCGUUCCUGCUCACGGGCCACGGCGUCCCCGCGGACCUGCUGGCGCGCGUGGAGGACCGGAUCGCCACCAUGUUCGCGCUGCCGGCCGACGACAAGAUGCGCGCCGUGCGCGGGCCCGGCGACGCCUGCGGCUACGGCUCCCCGCCCAUCUCCUCCUUCUUCUCCAAGUGCAUGUGGUCCGAGGGCUACACCUUCUCGCCGGCCUCCCUCCGCGCCGACCUCCGCAAGCUCUGGCCCAAGGCCGGCGACGACUACACCAGCUUCUGUGAUGUGAUGGAGGAGUUCCACAAGCACAUGCGCGCCCUCGCGGACAAGCUGCUGGAGCUGUUCCUCAUGGCGCUGGGGCUCACCGACGAGCAGGCCAGCGCCGUCGAGGCCGAGCGGAGGAUCGCCGAGACGAUGACCGCCACCAUGCAUCUCAACUGGUACCCGAGGUGCCCGGACCCGCGGCGCGCGCUGGGGCUGAUCGCGCACACCGACUCGGGCUUCUUCACCUUCGUGAUGCAGAGCCUCGUGCCCGGGCUGCAGCUCUUCCGCCACGCCCCGGACCGGUGGGUGGCGGUGCCGGCCGUGCCGGGCGCCUUCGUCGUCAACGUGGGCGACCUCUUCCACAUCCUCACCAACGGCCGGUUCCACAGCGUGUACCACCGCGCCGUCGUGAACCGGGACCUCGACAGGAUCUCGCUCGGCUACUUCCUCGGCCCGCCGCCGCACGCCAAGGUGGCGCCGCUGCGCGAGGCCGUGCCGCCCGGCCGGGCCCCCGCGUACCGCGCCGUCACGUGGCCCGAGUACAUGGGCGUCCGCAAGAAGGCCUUCACCACCGGCGCCUCCGCGCUCAAGAUGGUCGCCCUCGCCGCCGCCGCCGACCUCGACGACGACGGCGACGCCGCCGUCGUCCAUCAGCAGCAGCAGCUAGUCGUCUCGUCGUAGCCGAGACCGAUCGCCGGAGACUGAUGCUGAUGAUGAUGCAUAUAUACAUGAGAGAAAUCGUCGAGUAGACUAGCCGAUUGCAAAAGCAACCCCAGCUGCCGAAACCUGGCAUAUCGAUCCCAUUCUCUGCUGCGCACAUGUAUGCAUGCAUGCGCUUCGUCCGUUCGACUCGUGUGUGCUUGCUUGCUUGCGCGUGCAGCAGAACUAAUUCCGUUCCGCAGCUAGCUGCUCUGCUCUGCUCUGCUGGAAUGUAAUUAAGUAGUAGUAUAUGGUAGUAGAGAAAAGAUUAGCUAGGCGAUCGAUAUAGAUGACGGGCCGGGGAAGAAGACGAAUUAAUUAAGAUCGAUCGACGACGACGAGCUGUGCGUGGCUGGCUGUGUUCUUCUCUAGCCUAGUUACAGAGGCCGGCUGCUGCUGCUUCC